AUGGAGUUCAACAUUGAUGACCUGCCCGUCCUCUUUCCCUAUCCCCGCAUCUACCCAGGCAACUACAUGGUGGACUUGAAAAAGACGCUCGAUGCUGGGGGAAACUGCGUGCUCGAGAUGCCUUCGGGCACAGGGAAGACCGUAACGCUGCUGUCCCUCAUCGUGGCCUACCAGCAGUACUACCCGUCACAUCGCAAGCUCAUCUACUGCUCCCGGACAAUGUCCGAGAUCGAGAAGGCGUUGGUGGAGCUCAAGGCCCUCAUGAAGUUCCGUGCGGAACGGCUCGGCUACGAGGAGGAGUUCAGGGGCCUCGGUCUCACCAGUCGAAAGAAUCUCUGCCUGCACCCGUCGGUAAAGCGGGAGAAGAGCGGUAACGUCGUCGAUGCGCGCUGCCGCAGCCUAACCGCUGGUUUCAUCAAGGAAAAGAAGGAAAAGGGCGAGGAUGUUGAAGUUUGUGUCUAUCACGACAACCUCGACCUCCUUGAGCCGCACAACCUCAUUCCCAACGGCGUCUGGACGUUCGAUGGCAUCCUGCGAUACGGCGAGCAGCACAAGCAGUGUCCUUACUUCACUGCUCGGCGGAUGAUGCAAUACUGCAAUGUCAUCAUCUACUCGUACCACUAUCUCCUGGAUCCCAAAAUCGCCGAGCGCGUCUCCAGAGAGCUGUCUAAGGAUUGCAUCGUCGUGUUUGAUGAAGCCCACAAUAUCGACAAUGUGUGCAUCGAGGCCUUGAGCACCGACAUCACCGACGAUUCGCUGAGGAAAGCCACCAGAGGAGCUCAGAACCUGGAGAACAAGAUCAACGAGAUGAGGGAAUCGGACCAGCAGAAGCUUCAGGACGAGUACGAGAAACUAGUCGAGGGCCUCAAAGGCGCCGACGACGGCCGCCAGGAGGACUCCUUCAUGGCGAACCCUACGCUUCCUGAUGACUUGCUCAAGGAAGCCGUGCCUGGAAACAUCAGGCGAGCGGAGCACUUUGUCGCCUUUCUUCGGAGGUUCAUCGAAUAUCUCAAGACCAGGAUGAAGGUUCGCCAGGUGAUAUCCGAAACUCCGCCAUCUUUCCUCGCCCACCUCAAAGAGCAUACGUUUAUCGAGAAGAAACCACUGCGGUUCUGUGCCGAGCGACUGACGUCGCUGGUGAGGACGCUUGAGCUCACCAACAUCGAAGACUACCAGCCGCUCCAAGAAGUCGCUACUUUUGCGACUCUUGUGGCAACUUACGAGAAGGGAUUCCUCUUGAUCCUGGAGCCGUUCGAAUCGGACACGGCCGAGGUGCCGAAUCCGGUCCUCCACUUCACCUGCUUGGACGCCGCCAUUGCCAUCAAGCCCGUGUUCGACCGCUUCAGCUCCGUCGUCAUCACCUCGGGAACUCUGUCUCCGCUGGAGAUGUACCCGAAGAUGCUCAACUUCCCCACCGUCGUCCAGGAGUCUUACAGCAUGACGCUGGCCCGGCGAUCCUUCCUGCCCAUGAUUGUCACUCGCGGAAGCGAUCAGGCGUCCAUCUCGACGAGCUUCCAGGUCCGCAACGAGCCCAGCGUGGUGCGCAACUACGGGAACCUCCUGACCGAGUUCGCCAAGAUCACGCCCGACGGCAUGGUCGUCUUCUUCCCGUCCUACCUCUACAUGGAGUCCAUCAUCAGCAUGUGGCAGGGGAUGGGCAUCCUGGACGAGGUCUGGAAGUACAAGCUCAUCCUGGUCGAGACGCCCGACGCGCAGGAGACGUCGCUCGCUCUCGAGACGUACCGGACCGCCUGCUGCAACGGGCGCGGGGCGGUGCUCCUCUGCGUCGCGCGCGGCAAGGUCUCGGAGGGCAUCGACUUUGACCACCAGUACGGCCGCACGGUGCUCUGCAUCGGCGUGCCCUUCCAGUACACCGAGUCGCGCAUCCUCAAGGCCCGCCUCGAGUUCCUCCGGGAGACGUACCGGAUCCGCGAGAACGACUUCCUCUCGUUCGACGCCAUGCGCCACGCCGCCCAGUGCCUGGGCCGCGUGCUGCGCGGCAAGGACGACUACGGGCUCAUGGUGCUCGCGGACCGGCGCUUCCAGCGCAAGCGCGCCCAGCUGCCCAAGUGGAUCAGCCAGGCCCUGCUCGACGCCGACGUCAACCUGAGCACCGACAUGGCCGUCAGCAGCGCCCGCCGCUUCCUGCGCACCAUGGCCCAGCCGUUCCGCGCCAAGGACCAGGAGGGCAUCAGCACCUGGAGCAUUGACGACCUGCGCCGGCACCAGGAGAAGAUGGACGAGGAGCGCAUCAAGGAGCUGCAGGCCCAGCGGGAGAGGGAGCUGAACCCGGCGCUGGCUGCCCAGGCGGCCGUCGCCGAGGACGGCGGGGUGAGCGACUACGACAUGGACGAUGACGACGAGGCCGAGUUGAUGGCCCUCGACAACAAGCAGGGCUGA